AAGCGAGGCCGGCAGCCGGUGUCGAGUCAUGCCGCUGGCCUACUGCCUUACAUGGGCAAACCCCCGAACUCACUCGCCUGGAAUUUCACCGCGUGACGUCACAACCCACAACUCCCAGAUUUUGGAGCAAGAAGUUUCGCUAUUUUAGGUGGUGUCACAUUCCGCUACUUUCCCUGGAAAGCGAGAUCGCACAGUGAAGGACAGGGCUCUGUUUCCAAAGAGAAGAAAACAUUCCCUCAUCAAGAAAAAGAAAAGGUGUGUGAUCCUGUUUUCCUCUUCACUGUGCAGAAUUGAAGUUUGUAAACAUGUGGAACAACGGUAACAAUCAGUCUGGGCAGGUGACGGCCAGAAUGGAGACCACUCCCUUUUCUGGAAGUGCCAGUAUCUCUGUGUCCCAGCAACAAACACCCAAAAAGUUUGCUCCUGUUGUGGCUCCAAAGCCAAAAUUCAACCCUUACAAACAGACAGGAGAUGUCGGAGCGGACUACCCACCCCCACCCCCACCACCACCUGUGGAGGAUUCAGCCGGUCUCCCGUCUUCCUUCCCCCCUCCACCACCUGUGAACUCUUAUGAUUACCAGAUGAAAGGACCAGAGAAGACACUGGAGGAGAGACGCUCAAGUCUGGAUGCUGAGAUCGACUCCCUCACGAGCAUCUUGGCUGACUUGGAGAGCAGCUCGCCAUAUAAGCCGCGGAGCACACAGAUCUCAGGAUCUGCAACAUCUACACCCAGUGCUCCAGUGACUGGAUACAAACGUAUGGUGAUUCCGAACCAACCACCUCUGACGGCCACAAAGAAGUCCACCCCUAAACCCCAGGCUUCCUCUAUUCCUACUCCUUCCGCCAGCCCUGCAGCAAAGCCUCAAAGUCACCCUGCUCCUCAGCCUGUCGCUGCCUCCUAUGCCACAGCGUCAACACCGAGUCAACCCACCUUCAACGUCCAAGUGAGGUCUGCUCAGCCGGGACCCCAGCAUCCUCCGCCAGGUGGGCAUCAUUACGGUCAACAUCCAAUCCGAAGCCCAUCUCAAGUCCAGUACAUGCCUGCUCAGCCAAAGGGUCCCGACUUUGCUUACGGACCACCGCAGCCUGGGUUUUCUCCGAUGUCUUAUGGCGGUUAUCAGGAUCAGCAGCAUCCAGGACUGGCUAGCAAGGCAGAUUUUGCUGCCAACCAACCCUACCAACCGACAGGACCCAAGAAGACUUAUAUCACUGAUGUGCCACAAAAUAUGACCCCUUAUGCCCCUGGACCUGCUAUUCCACCGAAGAGCGGUGCACCUGUGGCCCACCCUGAAGAUGAGCUGGAGCGUCUGACCAAGAAGAUGCUGUUUGACAUGGACAACCCCCCAUCUGAGGAAUUCUUUGGUCGCUGUGCCAGCUGUGGAGAGAAUGUGGUGGGUGAAGGUACUGGCUGCACUGCCAUGGACCAGGUCUUCCAUGUGGACUGCUUUGUGUGUAUGACCUGUAGUGCCAAGCUGCGAGGCAAACCCUUCUACGCCGUGGAGAAGAAGGCCUACUGUGAGCCCUGCUACAUCAACACUCUGGAGACCUGCAACAUCUGCAGUAAGCCCAUAAUGGAGCGCAUCCUGAGGGCCACUGGCAAGGCUUACCACCCUCACUGCUUCACCUGUGUGGUGUGCCACCGCAGCCUGGACGGUGUCCCCUUCACUGUGGACGCGUCCAACCACAUCCACUGCAUCGAGGAUUUCCACAAGAAGUUUGCUCCGCGCUGCUGUGUGUGCUCUGAGCCCAUCAUGCCGGCUCCGGGUCAGGAGGAGACGGUUCGCAUCGUGGCUCUGGACCGUGACUUCCAUGUGCAGUGCUACCGCUGUGAGGACUGUGGCUCCCUGCUCUCAGAGGGGGACAACCAGGGCUGCUAUCCUCUGGAUGGCCACGUCCUCUGCAAAAACUGUAACAGCAACCGCAUCCAGGCGCUCACCGCCAAGGCCACCACUGACCUCUGAGCGUGCCCCGACGCCACUGUGAUCCUCACGAGCACACUCACACCCAUACACAACAUUCCUCACGACGCAGACACACACACACACACACACACACACACGUAUGUUUGUGCUUGUAUGAUCCACUCACAGCUUUGUGUUUUGGGAAUAGUUCCAAUGUUGGGCAAUGUGCUAUCUUGACUGUAUGGUCUCAGGUCUGUCGCGUGCUGCCGUGGAAAGGGUCAAUACGUUAGCAUAGCUUAGCUAAUUGGUUGUGUCUCAACUAACAAGAGUGAAAAAGGGUACAAACCUAAGCUAUGCUAAUUUGUUUACUUUGCUUCUGCUUCUGAUGUUCCAAGUAUUUUAAACAUUUAUCGAUCGAUCGAUUGGUUUUAAUUCACUCAAGAGCUGAGUUUCUAAAACAACGUAAUCAUUGGUCACGUCAUUUCAUGCACCCUCAUCCUGACAUUCAUGCAUAAACUUAGCUGUUGCAUUUAAAAAGAAAAAAAUUUAGAUUUUCUGGAGGUCCAUGUUUUUUCCAUCCAUUUACAUGUUUGAUAUUAAAAUGAAUAGCUGCAAUAUUAUUACUUCUUAACUGAAAGCUGUCAAACAAACAAUGUAGUCCUUCAAUAGCAAAUCACAGCAUCAAACAUUUCAUAAUAAUAGAAAUGAGAAUAUACUUUUAUAUAAUCCUGAAUGUUUUAGAAAACAGACGAACACAAUAACAUCUUCAAAUAUGGCUUGUUAAAAGUAAAAAAUACAUACAAACUCAUCAGAAAAGAGUAACCUUCUGAUGAUCCGAACAGUAGAACUUUUUAAGGACUUAAUGCUAAGCUAUUAACUUUUCAAUUAGGUCAGUGGCUUAGUUUUUAUUGUUUAUCUUCAAUCAAAGUGGGUGAUGUCUCAUGAUCUACUGGCGACCCCAGAGCACAUGUGAAAUAUUUGUCGUGUUCACCCUGCAGGUGAACUUACUAAUGUGUGCGUGUGAGCGAUCGUAGCUUUAGCAGUAUUUAGACCCUUUUAGAACCCUUUGUUUUUAAUUCUUUUCUUUUCGUCCCCCUCGUGUACACAUGGAAGACAAGCAUGAAAGCAAGACAAGGCUCUGAGGCUAAUGCAAAACCGUUGCAUGAGGUGGACUCCAAAGAAUUUGCGUCAUCAUGUUCUCCCUCAGUGUAUUUUUGGGUACAGACAUUCUCAGCGUCACAGGAGAGAAAUGUCAAUCCAGUAGUUGAAUGCGUCUUGGCUGUCUUUGUUAUUAUCAGAUUUUGAACAACCACAUUCCAGUCACCGCCCCUGGCUAUGCAAUUUGCUUUGACACUUUAUCAUGAAUUUUAUGAAAGAGGAAAUGUUUGACUUGUGUGUGUAUAAUCACGUUUGUUGGUACUGUGCUAGUCUGCGUGUCACUGUGCUGUUUGUCAGUAUUGAUUAGAAUUGUGUCAAAGGGCUAAGAAGGGACCCCAGAGUUUCCCCAAAUGUGACAGCGAUCGUCAUGACCUUGGGACGUCCAGUGUUGUAUUUAUGACAUCUGCUAUGAGGGAGCUAGAUCAAGUAUCAUGAACAAUAUUAAUGAAAUGAUGCAGUCAAAUGUGCUAGUAGAUCUGCUGGGUUGGAAGUUGCUUUUGUUGUUGCAUAUUUUUAGGUGACAUAUAGCAGAGUGCGAUCAUUCAGAUGUCCAUCGAUCCACGACUGCACUUGCUUUCCUGGGUCUUGGUGCCGCAAAAGGAGGCCAUUGGACUCAAACUUGAGAUCAUUUGUUUAAAGGAAACCAUGUCGUAUAACCACAAAUCCUGUAAAAAGACGCAGCUUCUCCAAGAUUCCAGGCUAAUGAUACAGCUUGUCCAUAACGUUCCACCAUUCAGGCGUUGACAUCCACUCCGAAUGUUGAAGAGCCAAAGUUGAAUUCAUUACCCGAGUGUGAUUUCGCAGAGUGACCUGAUUCUAGGAAAGCUUUUUUUCUGCCCGUGUCAGACCUUCAUCAUCCAUCUUAAACACCCACCUGUACGAGGAGCUGCUGACAGAUUCUAUUUGAGGUUUAUUAGCACUCUGUUCCUGCUAAGGGGGGAGGCUGGUGUCACCCCAAGUCUGACGGCGUUUGAGCGCAUCGCUGUUGUUUCUUUGUGGGAUUUGAUCUGUCAAGAAGCUCGACGCCGCGACGCAAAGAGCGGAGCAUUUAAUGAUUAUUUUAGUUGCUGUGCAUUGUUUGUCAAAGUGCCUUCAUGAAUUCAGCACAGAGUUGCAGCGUGUUGCUUCACUCCGGGCCUACCAGUGUGUGCCAAAGCAAAUAGGCAGGAUCUGAGUGUCGGGGGGUCGGGACACCACCAGUGAUGUCAGAACCCAUCUACACCUGGCAUCGAAGUGUGUGUGUUUUCUAAUGUUCUAAUAUAAACAUACCUGGGACAAAUGACGACCCGCCAUGUGAAAAAGCAGUCGUUCUCAGGUCAUGGACGUUUUGUGGAGUCAGUCGGCAAAGCUUUUGGACCAAUCCAGCGAAACAAGACGACGGAUGUCAGAUGUGUCAGCUGUUUGGGUGCGUCUUCCCCGGCUAUUGUCAUCUUUGACUAACUCAUCUAGCAACUAAACCAGAAUAUGAUACACCUUCAGGCAUCUGUAACCUGCAAGAUAACGUUGUUUAUAAUGACGUCUCUGCUUUGGCUUUUUAACAAAGAGGAGGAAAAAGGUGCCUUUUAAGAGCAGAAUUUGUUCACCAUUGAUCGGCUCUGUAUUGAUAAAAGCAUAUUUUACUGUCAGCUGUUUGUGUGAAUUGUCUCCGCGAUGAUCCGAUUGAGUUGCUGAUUUUUCUUUCUUUAAUAAAAGGCUUUGCAACAAC